UCAAAAUGAUCAUCAGCUGUGUUUUAUAACCUCUCUUUCUAUGAGGAAUAUUUUUAUUUACGCGGCUUCAUCAUAAAAUGUUUUUUAUUAUAAAAACGCUCGUAAUCAAAGUUUAAAGUUUUUAAAAGCAAUAUUCAUACACGAAAGCUAUGUCUCUUGCAAGAAUUUUAUUCUCGAGGCGGCUAUUUACAGCUGAAAACUUCUACAUACUCCGUAAGUUUAGUUCACAAAAUGCUUUAAAUUUGUCUGAACCUGCCGUUCAAGCGUACUUAAAGCAGUUAAUGUUUGAACAUGAACACCUGUGCCUUAAUAUGAAAAGGACUUCUGAAGAAAACAGGCGCUUGUUUCAAAUAAAACCAAUCGUAAAUGUAUUGGAACAACGAGUCACAUUAUAUGACAACAUUGAAAUGCUUAAAGAACUCAAUAAAAAACCACAUCACGAUGAUGAAAUGAAAAAGAUGAUAAAAGAAGAAGCUGAAAUAUAUUUAAAGCGUAUUACGGAAGUAGACAUAGAAUUACAGUCAGCGCUGCUUGAGCCCCAGCUCUCAGAGGGCGGCGUGCUGCUAGAGGUGACGGCAGGUGCCGGUGGGCAGGAGGCCAUGCUCUUCGCGCGCGAAUUGUUCGAUAUGUACGAGUUAUAUGCCAAGUACAAAAACUGGCAAGUUUGUCUUGUCUCUCUUGAGAAGUCAGAUAUUGGUGGCAUUAGAAAAGCUUCAAUGUUCAUUGAUGGUGUAGGAGUGCCAGAAUUAAUGAAGAUGGAGGCUGGUGUACACCGUGUGCAGAGAAUUCCUGCUACUGAAAAGGGUGGGCGCAUACACACGAGUACAGUAUCUGUUGCAGUCUUGCCGAAGCCUACUGAUAUUGAAGCAAACAUCUCCGAUCGUGACUUGGUCAUUGAAACUAAAAGAGCUAGUGGGGCUGGUGGUCAGCAUGUGAACACUACUGACAGUGCUGUCCGCAUCACCCAUACUCCGACAGGAACAGUGGUUGAAUGUCAGGAAGGUAGAUCACAAAUAAAGAACAAAGAGAUUGCUAUACAAAAGUUAAGGACACUAUUAUUAGAGAAACAACAAGAAGAACAACAAUCUAAAAUCAAUAGUGAAAGGAAAUCGCAGGUUGGUUCAAGUAACAGAAAUGAGAAAAUCAGAACAUACAAUUAUCCACAAGACAGAGUUACAGAGCAUCGGGAGGGAGGUGGCACAGUUCACAAUCUGAAGGGAUUCAUGGAGGGUGAUAGCCGACUGGAAGAGUUGCAGCACAGCCUCCUCCGAGCACAGAAACGUCAGAUACUCUUAGAAGAAAUCAACCGCUUUGCUAAGUACACAAAUAUGAAGACAGUUGAUAAUAACUAAUCAAAUCAAGUAAGAUACUGCUAAAUAUUCUUCAUCUAUUAGUUAGUAUAGUGAAAAUUAUCGACAAUGAAAAUAUAAAUUUGUUAAACAUAAAUAUACUGGAUAAAUUAUUGCAGAAAUGGAUUUUAUUA